AUGGUUCAAUUCUGGGACCACAUUCCCGACAACCUCAUCGCCUGGAUCGAAAAGCAGCACAUGUUCUUCGUCGCCACCUCCCCGCUCACCGGCGACGGGCACGUCAACGUCUCCCCAAAGGGCCUCACCGGCUCCUUCCACGUCGCGAACAAGAACCGCGUAUGGUACGAAGACCUGAGCGGCAGCGGUGUCGAGACGAUCGCGCACGUCCGGGAGAACGGGCGGAUCACGGUCAUGUUCUGCGCCUUCGCCGGCCCCGCGCGCAUCCUCCGCCUCUUCGGGCGCGGGACCGUGCACGAGUUCGGCACGGCCGAGUAUGACGCGCUCGUGCCGCCCGCGACGCGCCUCAGCGGCUCGCGCGCCGCGGUCGUCGUGGACGUGUACAAGAUCAGCACGUCGUGCGGGUACGCGGUGCCGGUGAUGGACUACAAGGCGGACCGACGCGCGCUCCUGCAGUGGUCGGACAAGCUCGAGCGGCUGGACGCCCAGUUCGCGGCGGACCGGACGAGCUGCCCGAGCGAGGCGGUCUCGCGGACGUCGGCGGUGCUCCCGGUGCGGAGCCUGAAGUGGUGGUGGGCGGCGCACAACACGCGCUCGCUCGACGGGCUCCCCGGCCUGCACCGCGCGCACGUCGUGGACCGCGUCCCGCGCGGGGUCGUGCGGGCGGGCAGGGACGAGCCGCCGAGCGACGGGACGGUCGUGAUCCUGGGGAACAGGGUCCCGAAGGCGGGGCUGGGGCAGCGCGCGGGGGCGUGGGUGCUGGCUGUGGGCGGGGUGGAGAGGGAGGAGGUCGGGCGGAUGAUGCUCGCGUUCUCGGUGGGCGUGCUCAUAGCGGCGGUGUGGGUGCGGGUGGUGGGUGGGGCGGGGUGCUGA